AUGGAUUUCAACUUCACAAUCGAAGUAAAUCAUACAGGUUCGUUUGUCCCCAAACCAAUUGUGUAUUUCAAUCCAGUAAAAAUGGUUGUUAGCAAUGUCGAUUUCAGAAGCAUGAGUUUCAUGGAGUUCAUCUCGUAUGUGAAGAACUUGGUCAAGGAUGGAACAAUCAGUGUGUACUAUUGUCUUCCACAACGUUCACUGAGAGAUGGGUUAAGAGUCUUGGAAGAUGAAAAUGAUUAUGUUUGUUUCCUUGAUGUUGGAUAUGAGAAUGGGGGUAUCAUCAAUUUGUACAUUGAUCACAGUCAAUAUCCAGUUAUGGAGUGGAUUGAAGAAGAGAUAGUUGAAGAUGGAUCGAUAGAUGGUAAUACGGAUGAUGAUGAUGAUGUAGACUCUGAGCUUUCAGAUGAUGAGUUCGUGGAGCAUGAGCUUGAUGAUGAUGUGAUACAACUACAACCAUCUGAUGAUCCUCUCAUUAGAAGAAAAUUUUUCAAGCCUCCAAGAGUUGUGGAUGAUGAGAAAGAUGAUAAGAAAGAUGUCAAGAAAAAUCCUUAUAAGUAUCUAGUUCAUGAUCCUAACCAAAAAUGGGAUACAAUGUUUCCAAUCUUAGGUAUGAAAUUCUGUGAUCGUUAUGAACUUAAGCAUUUGUUAAGCAAUUAUACUGUCGCUAAUGGGUAUAAACUUUGGUAUGAAAAAAAUGAUUCAACUAGAUUAUUAGUUAGAUGUUGCAAAGGUGAAGAGAAGUCUAAAUGCCCUUUUACGUUGUGGGCAACUUGGAUGAGUAAAGAAAGAUCAUUUCAGAUUAAGUCCUUAAUAUCUGAACAUAAUUGUAGUAGGGCCUUCAAUUUAGGUUCAAUGGUCACAUAUAGUUGGAUUGGAAAACAGUUAAUAGAAACCAUAAUAGAUAAUCUAAGAAUUAGUUACAUGAAAAUGGCAGCAACAGUCCUUAGAGAUUUUAAUCUAAAAGUUAGUUUUGGUCAGUGUAGAAAUGCCAAAAAAUUUGCAAUGGAUGAGAUAGAAGGGAGCUUGGUGGCACACUAUGAAAAGCUUAGGAGUUAUGGUUUGGAGUUAUUGAGGACUAAUCCAGGUUCCACAGUGAAAUUGGAUGUGGAUAUCAUGCCUGAUUCUGCAGUCCAUUUUUCUAAGAUGUAUAUUUGCUUGAAGGCUGUGAAGGAUGGUUGGAUUGAGGGGUGUAGUAGAGUGAUCGGUGUAGAUGGAUGUUUUUUAAAGGGACUUUGUAGAGGUGAGGUACUUUCAGUUGUUGACAUUGAUAUGGGACAAGGCAGAGGACUAACCAUCAUCUCUGACCAACACAAGGGAUUGAUUGAAGCAGUUAAGGAAAGAGUGUCAGAAUGUGAGCAUAGACAAUGUGCUAGACAUGUUUAUGCCAACUUCAAGAAAAAAUUCUUAGGAACUGAAUACAGGAAAUUUUUCUGGUUUGCUGCCAAGGCCACAACAACCACAAAAUUUGAAGAUAUCAUGAAGGAGAUCAAACUGAUUGACAGUACUGCCUAUGAACACCUGAAGGAAAAAAAACCAAACACAUGGUCUAGGGCAUUUUUUAGGGAAGAUAGUGGUAGUGAUUCCAUUGAAAAUGAUGUAUCAGAGUCAUUUAAUGCAGCUAUUGUGGAAGCUAGAAAAAACCAAUAA